AAAUGUAGAGAGAGAAAGAAAAGGCUGGUGGCCGUGCUGCUCUCCCCUCCCCUCGCGCAGAUAAGAGAGAGAGAGAGAGAGAGAGAAAAUAAGUAGAGAGAGAAGAGGGUGGUGGCUCUGGUGCACCGUCCUCCAUUAAGAGAGAGAAAUAAGAGAGACAGAGAUGGCUUUGGUGAGCCAAGGGCUGGUGCUGAGGAGCACCUGCCUGAUGACCAAGAAGAAGGCCUUUCUCUCUCUUCCCUCUGCAACAAUUGCGGCCGCCGAAGCCCAUCCCACCAUUGCGGUUGCACGGGGCAUAAAGUGGGGGUGGAGCAGUGUGCAGGGCCCUCGCUCUGAGAUGGAAGAUGACGUCGUUGUAAAGCCAAAUGCUUUUGAGACCAAGAAGAAGGCCUUUCUCUCUCGCCCCUCUGCAACAAUUGCGGCCGCUGAAGCCCAUCCCACCAUUGCGGUUGCAGGGGGCAUAAAGUGGGGGUGGAGCAGUGUGCAGGGCCCUCGCUCUGAGAUGGAAGAUGACGUCGUUGUAAAGCCAAAUGCUUUUGAUUCCUUUGCCUAUGCUGCCGUCUUUGAUGGCCAUGCCGGUUUCUCCUCUGUCCAAUUCCUCAGGGAUGAACUGUACAAGGAAUGUGUGACAUCUUUACAAGAUGGUUUGCUCUUGAGUGGCAAAGAUUAUGUUGCUAUUAGGGAAGCAUUUGAAGAUGCUUUCUUCAAAGCUGAUAUGAAACUACUAAAUUGGCUUGAAGAAAAGGGGAAGGAAGAUGAAUCUGGUUCAACUGCUACAGUGGUAUUUGUGGGUAAUGACAUGCUGAUAAUCUCUCAUGUUGGUGACUCAUGCGUGGCUCUUUCCCGCUCUGGGAAAGCUGAAGUGUUGACGAGUUCUCAUCGUCCUUAUGGAAACAAUAGAGUUUCUCUCGAAGAGAUUAGGAGAAUAAGAGAAGCAGGUGGAUGGAUUGUCAACGGGCGAAUUUGUGGGGACAUUUCUAUAUCCCGUGCUUUCGGGGACAUCCGUUUCAAGACAAAGAAGAAUGAGAUGUUGGAGAAAGGAAUUGAGGACGGACGAUGGACCAGGAAAUUUAUUUCUCGAUUAAAAAUCAAUGGUGAUUGGGUUACUGCUGCCCCAGAUAUAUACCAAGUAUCUCUUGGGUCUGAUGCAGAAUUUAUAUUGCUUGCUUCCGAUGGCCUAUGGGACUACAUGAGCUGCUCAGAUGCAGUGAAAUUUGUCAGAAAUCAACUCUGCCAGCACGGUGAUGUUCAGUUGGCUUGUGAGGCGCUUGCUCAAGAAGCUUUGGACCGGCGUUCCCAAGAUAAUAUCAGCAUUGUUAUUGCAGACCUAGGGAAAACGGAUUGGCAGAGUGUUCAGCCAGAGCAACAGAGCUUUGGCUAUGAGAUUGGGCAGGCUUUUGCAACAAUUGGCAUUGUAUCAUUAGGAAUUUGGCUGUCUUCCCUUCUUGGAGCAUGAAUUUUAAGCUUGCCCAACAUGUACAUAAAGUAGAUUUAAAUCCCAACAUAAUUCGACCAUGUCUUGUAUGUGCAACUCUCCUUCAUAGCACUUCACUCGAAAUAUAGUUACCAUUUUUUUUCUCAACUUUUUCUUAUUUGGAAAAAUUCUGAACGAACAACAAAUUUAUUGUAUGUGAAGGUUCCUCUGGUAUGCUCGGGAAUGAGUAGCUUAUGUGUGAUAUUAAUAAAAUUAGCAUUUAGAAUUAAAA